AAAGGAACCAGAGCAGGAAGGGGAGAAAAGAGGAAGAAACGAGAGCAGGAAGGGCAGGAAAGGAGGGAGAGAGAGAGGGAGAGGUAAGGAGGCUGCAUUCACAGAGCGCCGACGAGCACCGUGCCAGAGGCUUCCAAUGUCCUCCUCAGCUUCCAGCAGCACUUUGCCCAGCGGCCUGGCCGUCCUGACGACCUUCCCAGAUGUGCUCUUCAUCCCCGAAAUCAUCUUUGGGGGCCUUGUGUGGAUCCUGGUGGCAUCCUCAAGGGUCCCAGACUCCAUGCUGCAGGGCUGGGUGAUGUUUGUCUCCGUGUUCUGCUUCGUCAUGUCCAUCUCCCUCCUGUGCCUCUACCUCUGCGGGGCUCACGGCGGCAGCGGCAGCUGCUGGGUCACCUUGGAUGUCAUCUGCCACUGCACGGCAGCGCUGUUCUACCUCAGCGCCGCGGUGCUGGAAGCCUACAUGACCUAUUCCCUCAGCUUCUUCCCGACCCUGGCACAGCAGUACAGGGAGAACAUUGCUGCCGUGGUAUUUGCAUUCGUGGCCACCCUGCUUUACGUGAUCCACAAGGUGUUCUCGCUCCUGCGGUGGAAAUCGUCCUGAGAGCCUGAACAACCCCAGGAACAAUGGCUGCCAUCUCCGGGCUGGGUUUGGGGUUUGGGUUUUAAUGUAUAGCCUAGAAACAAGCAGCUUUUUAUGUGGGAUCUUGGUGAUGAAGACAAGGAGCCUGCCAGAGAAAGGAAUAUCCUGGCACAAUCUGUUUCCCUUCAGUAGUUUACAGGCUGGGUACAGUUUGAUGCUGGGGCCAAAAAAAAAAAAAAAAAAAAAGCCAUCCAGCUUUAAAAAACCAUAAUGUAGUUGGGUUCAAAGGGCUAAAAUAUCCCUGGACUUCACCUUUAUGUGUCCAGGGUUGUUACUGGAAUUACAGGAAAUGUGAACAAGCACCAAGAGGCACAAGUGUGAAACUGUGUCAUUUUAAUUGCUGUGUGCCCGUUUAAGUGUGUUUCCCCCUCUAAAACCACUGUACAAAUUAACAUUUUCAUGCAGUUUCUGAAAAUGCCUUCUCUGACUUGCAAUGAGCAAUGGGAAUAUUUACCUCAGCUCGGGAGCAAUGUGGGUCACUGCAGCUCCUGAAGGGUGCUGCUGAAUUCUGAGGCACGGCUGUAAGGCCAGGAAUUACCACUGCCCUUGAUCCCAUCCCUACAAAGCACAGCCUGGAAGGGGCCCAGUGGGCUGUAGGAGAAUUCCCUGGGUGAUCAGAAUCAAAUCCUCAGUGAGCAGAAGCAAUCAACUCCUGCAUUUGGUGAAUGGCUACUCUCUCACACACUGCCACGGUGUCACUAAUAAAGAUGGGUUUGCUGUGAUUUUGACAA